CUAUCGCAGCACAGCUGGGGGGUGCCACACAAUCCAAGUGACGUGAAGCACCAAACAGCAAGAUGGUCCUCCCUCUCUUCAUCGUCGGCACGGUGGGCACGGGCGCGGCCACGGGCUACGGCAUGUAUCAGGUCGGUACGGCGUUGGCACUUCCUUCUUCGGUCCACGAAGCCCCACCUAAGACCGCAAGCAGCCUCACAGCGGGCGGCAUCACCGCCGUAGCUGCGUACUCUGUCCAGGGACGGAUUCUCAACCGCUAUCUGUCACAUUUGCUCACGUACGAAGUCCCCAAGAAUAUAACGAAGUGGAGUUUCCGUGACUUUCUGAGCAUCGCGGGGCCACUCAUCGCACCGCGUGUGGCCAUGUUCUCAACGUCCGUGGCACUCUUGGGCUUCGUGUCGACCAAAAUGGACUUAUCCAGGGAUCAAAAGUAACGAGAUAUUCAGGCGAUGAUAGUACAAUGGGAGGCCAUGACGGACUACAGAAGACCCUGCGCUGGAAGGAAUUGCAAGGUGAUUAUAUAAUAAGUAGUAAUCUGACUAGCAAAGUGAUGAUCCAAUGAAACCAAUGCAUACGCGAAAUUGCAGGAGGUUAUUCUGGUGCUUCAUAACGCCGUAAAAGACUUCGAAUCGUGAAAACUGUUGCA